CAGAAUAACUUUGGUGUCAGACAUUUGGGAUAGUUUGAAAGGAAUGGCGAAGCACCUAGAUUGUCAGUCGUUCCCUUUUUGCAUUGUGAAGUAGUAAGCGUGAAUGUACUUGUCACGUGGAGAAUUUAUCGAAUUGAUUACUUCAUCAACUUCUUGACGUUCCGAUAUGAUGGAUAGCCGGUCAGUUAGUCCAAAGUAGUGUAGAGUAUGGAUUUUGAUCCGGAAAAAAAGCUGGAAUAUAUGGCUUGUCUUGAUGCCAUUGCUGCCACGUAUGGUGUGAUAAAAUGUUUACACCAUUGUUGUAUUUUGAAACUGUCAGUACAGGAUUUGCGACACCGAAAAGUAGGAGUCAGAGUAAAACAAAAAACCAGGCCGGUGUGCUUGAGAGCUCGCUUUCAAUCAUGUUCACUCCAGUUCAAUCUCUUCUUGGUGGAAGUUUGCUUUUUGCAAGUACCACUGCUCUUGCUGCUUAUAACGGCAAAGUGGCUGGUAUAAGUGGUAUUGUGAAUGGGCUGGUUUGGGGAGAUUCAACACCAAGUCGACUGUUCUUCAUUCUGGGCAUGGCUGCAACGGCAGUGACCCUGCGCUUCGGGACCAGUAACGGAGCCACACAAAAUAUACCAGUAUUUCCAUUCAGUAUGGCAAAAGCAUUGAUUGCAGGUUUGCUUGUUGGUGCUGGCACAAAGCUUGGAUCUGGAUGCACCUCUGGACACAUGUUGUGUGGUAUUGCUCGUUUUUCCAAGCGCUCAAUCGUCGCUUCUGCCACUUUCUUCACCACCGGUGUGAUAACAGUUUACUUGACUGGUGGUGUUCCGUAUCGUUAUGGUACGAGCUACCCAUCCAACGAUGAACUCGGUCAAAUCCUCGGUUGUAUCGCCGUAGCAGCAACUAUUUUCAAGCUCUUACCAACCAUCUUGAAGAAUAAAGUCAACAACGCUACGAGUCAAGUGGUGGUCUCUUUCUUCUCAGGAUUGACCUUUGCCCUCGGAUUGUACUUUUCGGGCAUGACCAACGCAGAUAAAGUUCGAGGAUUCUUAGAUCUGACAAGACCUCAACGUUGGGAUCCUUCGCUGAUGAUGGUUGUUUUCGGCGGCCUUGUUCCCAACACCAUUGCUUAUCAAUUCUUUUUGAAAAAUGAAGCAAAGCCAGAAUUCAAUGCUUCCUUCGACUGGCCCACCAAGAAAAAUAUCGACAGUAAAUUAGUGAUCGGCUCAGCUUUGUUCGGUAUUGGAUGGGGACUUUGCGGCGUAUGUCCUGGACCCGGCUUGGUCACCUUGUUCGCUCGCCCUUCCCUCAACAUUGCAGCUUUUUGGGCCAGUUAUUUACUAGGGUCUCGUGCUGUCCAAAACAUUUAACACCAAUAGGUUAACUCGUACGAUGAACUUGGUAACAUAUAGGCCAAUGAACCUUAUAUAUGAUUUUGCAUUUUAUUUUAUAAAAACUUUACGACUGAAAUUUUACGACUGCAUAAUAAACAAUGCUAUAUUAAUGAAACCUUACUAAGCUAUGAUCAAGAGCAGCUGAGAAAGGAAACGAAAUUUCAAGUGUACAAUGGGGUUGUGCUAUUCACCAUCAUUUGACAUGAAUGUUGACGGUUUCAACAUCAUACAAGCUACCUUUUUCGUUGAUCAUCACUUCAACUAUCCAGAUAUUGCCAGGAGUGGAAGGCGUCUGCAGAUGCAAAUUUAUGUUAGUAAUGCUUUUUGGAAGCCACAUGAAAU